AUGAUGGGUUUACAUUUUAUUCAUUUGUUUGAAAAUGAUUUUUAUGCCCUUUUUCCUGAAUUGUUUUUAACAUGUACAACAAUGCUUUUACUUAUGUUUGGUGUCGUAUGGAGUACAUCAAAAGCUGAAGGAUAUCCAAUUCUUACACACACUAUUGCUUGGUUAAGUGUUUGGAGUCUUGUUUGUGCUUUUGGUUUAACCAUUCAUUCACCUUUUAGUGUAAUGGUGAGCUUUUAUAAUACAUUUGUAAUUGAUGAACUCACAUUUUUGUUAAAAGCUAUGGUUCUUUGUAGCGCUACAGCAGCGAUGCUAAUGUCGAUGGAAUAUUUAAAGACUUCAAUGUUAAAUAUUUUUGAAUAUAGUAUUCUUGUACUAUUAUCAACAAUUAGUAUGUUACUUUUAAUAUCAUCAUACGACUUUAUUUCAAUGUACUUAGCUAUUGAAAUGCAAAGUUUAUGUUUUUAUGUUCUAGCUGCAUCAAAGCGUCAUUCAGAGUUUUCUACAGAGGCGGGAUUAAAAUACUUUCUUCUUGGUGCUUUCUCAUCUGGUGUACUUCUAUUUGGAUGCUCAUUAGUAUAUGGGUAUACAGGAUUAACAAAUUUUGAAGAUAUCGCCAAAUGUCUUGCUGGAUCUGCCUUAUUUCAGACACACCAUUCUUUUUUACAUCUUGGAAUGGGUCUUAUAAUGAUAGGGUUUUUAUUUAAGUUAACAGCAGCGCCGUUCCAUUUUUGGGCACCUGAUGUAUAUGAAGGUUCUCCAACUUCUGUAACAGCUUUUUUCGCAAUAACACCGAAAAUUGCUUUAUUAGGAGUAUUUUUACGUCUUCUUUUAGGUAGUUUUUAUGACCUAUUAUUUGCUUGGCAAUAUGUUCUUUUUUUCUGUAGUAUUUGUUCACUUUUUAUUGGUGCUUUCGGAGCUAUGGCACAAAAAAAAAUAAAACGUUUACUUGUAUAUAGUUCAAUUGGACAUGUUGGAUAUCUACUCAUUGGUAUUUGUUGUGGAACUGUAGAAGGAUUACAAGCAGUGCUUUUAUACUUAAUCUUAUACAUUUUUAUGACAGUAAAUGUUUUUACGAUUGUACUUUCUUGUAUUGACCAUAGUAAAACCUUUCGCCUCAAGUAUAUUCAAGAUUUAGGACUUUUAGGUCAAACUCACCCAGUACUAGCUUUGACAUUUAGUUGUACAUUAUUUUCUAUGGCUGGAAUUCCACCACUUGCAGGAUUUUGUAGUAAGUUUUACUUAUUUUUUGCAGCAAUGGGUUCAUCAUUAUAUGGUUUAGCUCUUUUUGGUGUUCUAAGUAGUGUGGUAAGUUGUUUUUAUUAUAUUCGAUUAAUUAAAAUCAUGUAUUUUGAGCAACCCUCGCAGUUAGUUACAUAUGGAGCAAUUGACCAUGAAAAAGCUAUUCUUUUAGGAAUUACAACAACUGUAAUUGUCUUUUUCUUUUUAUGCCCACAUAGUCUUUUCUUAUGGACAUAUAAAGUCGCAUAUAUGUUUUUAGGAUAG